ACCUAUGCUUCCUUCGGAUAUUUCCUAUUACAAGCAAUGAAUGACUUCGGCGUUCGUGUAUUCCCAUCAUCGUCAUCAAAUGCUAUUCGGAAUUCCGUUAAAGUUCUACAUUAUGCACCCGCACCGGCUGAUCCACCAAUUGAUUACACACUGAGAGUGAAGCCUAAUUCCAAUGGUACCUAUUUUACUAUUAAUGAAUUCCUAUUCCUACUUACUAUCUCAAAAUACGAACCUCAUACACAUCGUUUCUGCGGUUUGAAAGGAAAAAACCGAUGGGAAAGAGCGUUUCUGAGUACAUCAUGGGGAGAGAUUUUUUACAGAGAGAUUUUACUUAGUACUACGACAAUAAUGAUUCAAGUCAUCAACAUCAGAGCUAAAAUAUCAAAGCAACAGUCAAGACGUUAUCUCAGAAUGUUCUGUUAA